UUUACAAACAGGAAGCAGAAUUAUGUUGUGGGAGCAAACAUUUGCUCUCUUUAUGUGUCUGCUAGAGCUCCUGUGUUGAACAGGGAAGGCAGACUGUCAUUGAUGAUGGAAACAUUCCCAAUAUGCAGGGGAUUUGAAAUCUUCAUAUAAACUGUGUGAUUGUGUUAGAUUCUUUGUUUCACCAGAGACUUAUUGCACCAUGUGACUGUGCUGCAAUCAGCAAACAGGCAGACGGAGACAUUCUGACUUCAGGCAGAAACUAAAUCCUUAAGCAGAGUCCCAGAACUUCAUUAGAUUAAGAAAAGCAGCCAGCAGGUACAUAACAAUGAAAUAUCAGCUGCUGCUUCUUUCUCUUCUGGCCGCAUUUAGCAAUACUGUGGCUCAAGAAAAGGAGAUACAAGUGAUUGAGGUUGCAGAUGGAAUCAAGCUGUCUUGCAAGAAUGGUGAAAGUAUUUCUGGAAAUGGUUUGGAGGACAAAGAGUUGCAACUGACGUACAGUGAUCAUUACACCGGAGAAUACAGUUGUGAGAAGGGACCAAAAAUCUUUGUAAAAUUUCGGACGUGCGACAACUGUGUAGAGCUUGAUACCGCCUCCAUCGUGGGCCUGGCAGUAGGAGACGUGGUGGCUACAAUAGUGGUUGGAGUGGCCGUCUAUCUGAUUGCUUCUCAGGGUCGGCCUGGUCAAGUUAAAGCCACCAAGAAAAGGUCUGAUAAGCACAAUCUGAUUCUUAAUGAAGCGCCGAAUGACCCCAGCUACCAGCCACUGAAGUACAAGAGAGGAAGAGAUGAAUAUGACGUACUCAACAGAAAGUAGAACGGAGGUCCAUGCUAACUCUCGACUGCAAGAAAACUUCUACUGGAGGAAACAUCAAGCCCUGCUUCCUGAGUCUCCAUCAGGACAGUGUGAUGUGUGUACAGCCUGUUCUGUCCUGAUGUAAUUUGCUGUGUUUGGCAUUGUCUUUGAAAACAAUUUCUACUUGUCAUUUGAACAUGGGUCUCUUUCUGGCCCCUUGGAUGAACUCAGUCUGUCAGCCAAUGUAAAAUAUUUAGUUCUACGUUGAUUUUUGUAACUGAUGAAAAACUUCUUAAGCUGCAUUCAUGUUUCAAAGAUAAAAAAGUUGCAAAUAAUAACAUUUGAAAAUAGGUAAAUAUUUGUUGCUGGUCAAAUAAAGUGUACUAUUACUGCUUUGUUUUAAACAUACUUCAGUUGUUUAUUAUUAGAUUGCAAGUUUUAAACAGGCUCAUUUAAGUUACAUCAUCUAUUCUUGUG